ACCAAUUAAAGCCACAGGCCAAGAAAACCGCCAUUAUGAUGUUCAACGGCACCUGGAAAGCAGACCGCGGCGAGAACAUUGACCAGUUCAUGGAGAAGAUGGGUGUUAAUGCUAUGAUGAGGAAGCUCGCUGAAAACAACAAACUGGAAAUCACGAUCGCGCAGACCGAUGACGUGACGUUCAAGGUGACGGAACCGAGCAUCCUCCGCAAGAGAGAGAACGAGUUCAGCCUCGGCGUCCCUUUCGAUUUCACCAUGGCCGACGGGACUGACGUCUCUGGAUACUGGGUCAUGGAAGGACACACUAUGAAAGGGACAUUUACCAGGAAAGACAAUGGGAAGAUACUGACUAUCAUCAGGGAAAUAGUUGGAGAUGAACUGGUACAGAGCUUCAACUACGAUGGGGUGGACGCCAAGAGGUUUUUCAAGAAGGUCUAAGAAGAGUCCCUCUUCGGAACCGGUCAAAAGAACGGGCCAAAGUUUCGGAGGCGGAUUUACCCUGCAGCUACACCGUUGCGCUGCAACGGAGCGGGGUGGGCGGGCUUCUGUAACAACGGGUCUUCUGAUUGGCUGCAA